GUUACACAGGAAAAAUGACAUCACCGGAACAUGAAACUUCGUGUUUGGUCCGAGGGCUCUUGAAUCCAAACACAGUUUAAGUGCGAAGAAAACGGUUUUAUGAAUAGAUCAGCUCCUCAUAAAACCACCUGAAACUUUGAAUCUACUGAAAAACAGAUUGGUUUGGUAAGCAGUGUUGCAUGUGGAGAGAGUCGAUCGAAUUUGUGCUCUAAAUUGAAGAGGAGCCGUCACGCUAGUAGCAUCCUACGAGAUUUCUAUUCAAAACCUGGAAUAGAGCUGCGAUGGAGUCUCGUUUCUGUAGAGUUCGAAAAACCAAAGAAUCUUCUCUACUGUUCUGUUAACGGUUACUUUUGUGGUAAUUUUACCUCGAACAAGGAGCAGUGCUCUGAAAAUUAGCGCGCGGUUCGGAUUUUUUUUCUUUUAACGGUCAACCUACAUCAAGGCGGGAAAAAUGGAAUCUUCGCAAUUCAUCGCCGCAUCAGUCGGACUUGGGGUCUUAGUUUUCAUCCUGCUUCUUUCUAUCGUGGGAAUCGUUUAUUUCAGGAAAUAUCUGACGCAAAUAAAUGGCUCGAAAGCAUCGCAAAAGCUAGGAACCUACAUUUCGACAAAAGAACCGCCUGAAUUCGUCAUUCCGCCCUAUACCCUGAUUGCGGAUGAAAGCGAUGGAGAAACUUUGAGCGACUUUGGAGACUUGAGAACGGACGAAAUAGGUGGAAAGUUUACGCCUCCGGCCUUCAGACGAGCUAUUUCAAUGCCACCACCAUCAGAUCAGUCAGGGAAUUCAAAACAAGAAACAACAGAAGGACAUGAGGAAACCGGAGCUUCUGCGGUCGGAAUAGCAACGGCGGAGUACCGCCCCCAAUACAGAAGAGCUGUUUCUCAGUACGCACCUUACUCAACUCAAAUCAAGAGAGAACCCGUGAAAAAAAUUUCCAUCGCUCCGUACGGUAAACUGGAAGUUUCCGUGCAUUUUCUAACGGCUAAAAAAGUGCUCUUUGUGCAGGUAAAUGGCGCCUUUGAUUUGCCUCACGUGCGCCUUUCUGGGAUCUCUACCCCGUACGUCCGCGUGCAUCUGUUAUCAGGGCAGCGUCACAAAGAUACCAGGUCAAACUUCUUGAAUCUUGGAACGAACCGAAAAUGCAUGUUUGAUCAGAUGACGUUAGAAGAAGCACACAGUUCUACCCUUAAGUUUGUCGUCCUUGAUUAUGACAAGUUUUCUCGGAGUGAAUUUGUGGCUGAGGUAAUGUUGUCGCUUCUCGAGGUGGAUUUAACUGAAGGCACCACGUUGUCACUCCACCUGAACUACAAGACCAUCAAUGAGUCCGCUGACCGAGGUACUAUAACACUGUCAGUGUGUCACCAACCUACUGCUAAUCACUUACAUGUGAUCGUUAUGAAAGCAAGUGGACUUCCUCUUCCCAAGUCAGAUGCUCCUGAAGGAUGUGAUACCUACGUGAAAGUCCUUCACAGCGUUCAGGGAAAAGUUAUAGAGCGCAAGAAGACCAAGGUGGUUAAGAAAUCUACUUCACCGGUUUUCAAUGAAGCCUUCGUCUUCGAUGUACGAGAAGAAGACUUACGACGUUCCAGUAUUAGUUGUGAAGUGCAUAGAGGGGAUACAGUGUUGAAAACAGAGAGGAUCGGUCAUAUAACGCUGGAUUUGGAAUCGUUUGGCACUGAAGUACGACAGUGGAAUGAUAUGAUCACGUCACCUCUUAAGAGAGUAACAGAAACACAUUUGUUGCAUGCGUAAGGGCAGAAAAAACCGCUGACACGUCCUGGAGACUCAGCAUUGUGUUUAGAGCUAAUAUGUACGCUUGGCUUUUGUAAACGUUUUCAGAGAAAAUUUCAAUGAGACAGUGGGAGCUGAACUUAACCAGUAUGUUUUGUUCUUUGUUAGGUCAAUGCUUAUUUUCACGUAAAAUCCUCUAAAGGGUUUGAAACGGGGAAAAGUGGUAACGGAGAGCUAUGACCAAACAAACCUGAAUAUCAAAAUCUAAAAUUUACUUUCCUUGGUAAUCAAAAUGUUCAACCGAAGUGAUCUAUUCAAAAUGCCUAUUUUAAAACUAGACUAAGAAGUUUCAUUAUUCGAAUACUUAAGUGUUAUAAAAAAGUCUCGCUUAUAGUGUAUUAAAAGUCCUAAAGCAUUAUUCCAUUGUUAUAAAAGUAAUUCUCCAAGUCUACUCAAAACAAUCCACUAAAUUAUAUAAUUACUACUUAUCAAAGUCUAGAUAAAAUUGAUAACCUAACAAGUAAUUUUGAGAAGAACUAUUCUAAGUGCCAGUAAUUUAAAUAAAAGAGAGACACUUCUUAUUUUUGACAAA